AUCGUGGAAUUAAAUAUCACAAAAAUUAUGUUAACAUUAAUUGAAAUCGACUUUCUCUGAAAAGGAAAUUGGGUUACCAUGGAAACAGGAAUUAAUUUCCCAAUUCAUUUGAAAUAAGAGUAACGUCCAUAAAAUAAGUUAAAAUGUUAAGGAAAAGUUUGCAAAUCCAAGCAAUACCACUUUCUGUGCUGCCCUGGGAUAGGAGGAAGUGUGUGUGGAUCGCCAACUCCGUUAUCAUUCAGUGUAUAGUAGUAUUCGUGGGAUCUGGCACGAUACUCCAUUGUGUCUGGUCUCCGGACAAUUCCAACUUGGACUUCGAUAAGCUGGCCCGCAUCAUGUACUUGUAUGACCACUUCGCCUGCGAGUACAAGUUGCGAACAGCCUCCGCGCUGUCUAACAUUCGACUCCCGAAUGAUACACAUGGCCUUGAUGUACGACCGAUCCAAUGGAAACAAGCCCUUGUGACAGUGUCAACCAGAUUGACUUCGAAAACCAGAAAGUACAUAGAACUCAGUAUUGGAGUACACGUGUUUUGGCUGAUUUUCGCCAUCAUUAUGAACAUCAUCAUUAGGAAAAACAGAGACCAGGGCGUUCUCAAGCUCGUUCUCACAACAUAUUUCUACUACUCGGUUGCAGUAGUCAUCUUCGACCUUUCUAUGGCUGUCGUCUACAUUGCCCAUAUCCAGCAAAGCUUGACCAAGGGCAUGGUCCUUAGAUAUAGCGGUUGGAGUGUUGAAUUAAAGCUGAAGAAUUACGAUGACUUUGCGGGCUGGCUGCCCAUGAUCGCAUCUGUUCUCUGGAUGAGGGGAGUCAUCAUCCUAAUAUGGAACAUCUACUGUUGCACAGUCGUUAACAAUAUAAGGCGAAGGAUCAGGAAAAGAGAAGUCAAAACAAGAAUCGGGAGGAUAGCAUACCAUCCCAUCCCAGAACCGAGCCACCAUCAACCGGACGACACGUCCGUCCUCUACUACAGAACCGGUGAAAAUAAACCAUUCGUCAAGACCAAUGUCUUAUCCAGAGUAUUUUACAAUACGAGUCAUAAUUAACACAAUUUGUGCCGUCUGCUGUUAAAAUAUUGUUCAUCGUUUACAUUGUAAAUUUUAACCCAUUUAUAUCUCUCGCAAGACGCCGAGAUUAAAAGGGCAAUUUCUCAAAAAUAUUAACGUUCUCGUAAUGCGAAAUGGAAUGAGACGAUUCUAUUGUUGUGGAUAUUCAAUUUGAGCGGACUGUCCUAUUAAAUUUUUCAUUAUCACCUCGGCGCGGAGUCGGCAGUCAUUAAUUUUGGAGUUUACCUGUAAUCAAAAUACGGGACAGGGCAAUUUCGACGACGGAAAAUUGGAUCGUGGCCCUCUUGAAAUUUGUUUGUCGUAACUAGAUCGUGGGAAGCGCUGCUCGGACGUAAAGUUUCCAAUCGAUUUGAUAUAUUGGAGCGUUCAUUGUUGUUUGCAAUGAGCUCCUUAGCAUUUUGGACGAUUUUUGCUGUUCUGUACCAGACGGUCUUCAGCAUCAUAAUAAGCUGGUUGAUCCUAAGCUGCAAGCUGCCCCCGACCGAGGGCGAGCUGCAGGAGGUGACGCUGCUGAAGCUGCUCUACCUCCACGACCCUGAGGCCUGUGGCCGGGUCUACUUCUACAACUACACCAGGACAUACCCAGUGCCUUCAUCGAGCAUAGUGUGGCCGGUGAAGAAUGAAGUCGCUUCGCUCUUUCGAGGAAAGAUCUGCGCAUGGCUCUCUCUCCACGUCAUAUGGGCUGUCCUCGGCAUCGCCUACAUGACCCAGGGCCAGCGGCCCUGCGGCCUCUACGUGACCCUCAUGCCCUUCACCCUCGCCGGCCUCGCGAUCCUGGUCAUGGACCUGGUAUACGCCACCAUGUUCCUGAUGGAUGCGAGAAAGACCAGCACUGAAGCAAAAAUCCUGAACUACAUAAAUUCCGACAGCGACUCGAUAAGGAUUGUGAACAAGACGCACCAGUCUGUCCCGGCCUCCACGUCUUCAGACCUGGAGAAGGACACCUCCUGGAUAGCACUGCUGCUUGCCUACAUCAGCUGCAGGGCGCUGGUGCAGUGGAUUGUCAACUUCUGGAUUGUGAAAGACAAUUAUAUCGAGGGCAUGGCAUAUUACAGUCAUCUCUCCAAGAAGCCUGAAUGCCGGAUGAGACAUAAAAGUUCUCUAUUUACUCAAUACUAGAAAGAAAUUAUUAAAAAC